AGGAGGGUGUGUGGGACAAGCUACUCCUGACAGAAGGUGCCAGGUUGGGGGUGACAGGGAUGCUGCAGUUGAGCCUGUCCUGGCUGGGCCUCGGGCCCGUGGCAGCAUCCCCAUGGCUGCGUCUGCUGCUGGUUUGGGGCUCCUAGCUCCUGGCCCACGUCCUGGCCUGGACCUACACUUUCUAUGACAACUGCCGUCGCCUCCAGUGUUUUCUGCAACCCCCGAAACAGAACUGGUUUUGGGGACACCAGGGCCUGGUCACUCCCAUGGAAGAGGGCAUGAAGACACUCACCCAGCUAGUGGCCACAUAUCCCCAGGGCUUUAAGUUGUGGCUGGGUCCUACCUUCCCCCUCCUCAUUUUAUGCCACCCUGACAUCAUCCGGCCUAUCACCAGUGCCUCAGCUGCUGUCGCACCCAAGGAUAUGAUUUUCUACGGCUUCCUGAAGCCCUGGCUGGGGGAUGGGCUCCUGCUGAGUGGUGGUGACAAGUGGAGCCGCCACCGUCACAUGUUGACGCCUGCCUUCCAUUUCAACAUCUUGAAGCCUUAUAUGAAGAUUUUCAACAAGAGUGUGAACAUCAUGCUGGACAAGUGGCAGCGCCUGGCCUCAGAGGGCAGCGCCAGACUGGACAUGUUUGAACACAUCAGCCUCAUGACCUUGGACAGUCUGCAGAAAUGUGUCUUCAGCUUUGAAAGCAAUUGUCAGGAGAAGCCCAGUGAAUAUAUUGCCGCCAUCUUGGAGCUCAGUGCCUUUGUAGAAAAGAGAAACCAGCAGAUUCUCUUGCACAUGGACUUCCUGUAUUAUCUCACUCCUAACGGGCAGCACUUCCGCAGGGCCUGCCACGUGGUGCACGACUUCACAGAUGCCGUCAUCCAGGAGCGGCGCCACACCCUCCCCACUCAGGGUAUUGAUGAUUUCCUCAAGAAAAAGGCAAAGUCCAAGACUUUAGACUUCAUUGAUGUGCUUCUGCUGAGCAAGGAUGAAGAUGGGAAGGAAUUGUCUGAUGAGGACAUAAGAGCAGAAGCUGACACCUUCAUGUCUGAGGGCCAUGACACUACAGCCAGUGGUCUCUCCUGGGUCCUAUACCACCUUGCAAAGCACCCAGAAUACCAGGAACGGUGCCGGCAAGAAGUGCAAGAGCUUCUGAAGGACCGUGAACCUAUAGAGAUUGAAUGGGACGACCUGGCCCAGCUGCCCUUCCUGACCAUGUGCAUUAAGGAGAGCCUCCGGCUGCAUCCCCCAGUCCCUGUCAUCUCCCGAUGUUGCACCCAGGACAUUGUGCUCCCAGAUGGCCGGGUCAUCCCCAAAGGCAUUGUCUGCCUCAUCAGUAUUAUCGGGAUCCAUUAAAACCCAACUGUGUGGCCAGACCCUGAGGUCUAUGACCCCUUCCGUUUCGACCAAGAGAACAUCAAGGAGAGGUCACCUCUGGCUUUUAUUCCCUUCUCGGCAGGGCCCAGAAACUGCAUUGGGCAGGCGUUCGCCAUGGGUGAGAUGAAGGUGGUCCUGGCGCUGACGCUGCUGCACUUCCGCAUCCUGCUGACCCACACCGAACCCUGCAGGAAGCGGGGUGUGAUAUUACAUGCAGAGGGUGGACUUUGGCUGUGGGUGGAGCCCCUGGGUGCGAACUCACAGUGACUGUCCUACCCACCCACCCACCUUUGCAGAGUCCCAGGAA